AGGCUGGCCUUGAACUCAGAAAUCCACCUACCUCUGCCUCCCAAGUGCUGGGCGUAAAGGCGUGCGUCACCACUGCCAGCGGAGUUGGAAGUUUUCAAUUAAAACCUCGGACUGGAUAUGUAGCUCAGUGGUGUAUAGUGUGGAGGCCCUGGAUUUGGGUGUCACAACAAAGCUUGUGCCAGUUUGCUUCAUUUAGUAGCUCCUGGGUAUACUGGGAGUUAAUGGUUAAGUGGUAUAGUCUAAUGCUUUAGUAUUACUUUGGAGCCAGUAUUACUUAGCUGUAGGAUUUAAUAUAAUUUUAACAGUUCAGUAGCUGGCUGGGAUAAUAUUUAAAAUACUAUAGGCACCAUACCCUGUUUGCCACUUUGUGCUGACAAUUUAGAGCUUAUUACAGUACUUUGAAUAAGUUGUGGUUGCUUUUAUGUAUGAGGGAGUCUUUUAAAAAGUAGAAUAAACUAUGGUGGUUCAUGCAUUUAAUCGUCACCUGGGAGAUAGAAACUUGAAUCUGAGUUCCAGGUCAGCCAGAGCUACAUAGUCAAACUGUUUCAAGAGACAAACACAAAACUAAGGGUCAUUUCUCUGGAGCAGGCUUUGAGUACUCUACUGACCAUCUAACUUGAAAUCCUGUCAUCAUACCACAGGCGGUCCUGAUAGGUGGUGGAUUGUGGAUGCUCUUAUUUAAAAGAAAUGAGUGUAGCUAGUGCAGUAUUAAGAGUUGAAACUUGGCUUUUGGCAACAUGGCAUGUUAAAGUGCCUCUAAUGUGGCUGGAAGCUUGUGUUAACUGGAUCCAAGAAGAAAAUAAUAAUGCUAAUUUGAGUCAGGCACAAAUAAAUAAACAAGUGUUAGAGCAGUGGCUUCUCACGGACCUGAGAGACUUGGAACAUCCUCUCUUACCUGAGGACAUUUUAGAAAUUCCAAAGGGAGAACUGAAUGGAUUUUACGCUCUACAGAUCAAUUCUUUGGUUGAUGUAAGUCAGCCUGUGUAUUCACAGAUACAAAAGCUGAGAGGAAAGAAUACAGGCAAUGAUCUAGUUUCAGCUGAAACACAGAGUACUCCAAAACCCUGGGAAGUAAGGCCGUCACGGAUGCUGAUGCUGCAGCUCACUGAUGGUGUCACGCAAAUUCAGGGAAUGGAGUAUCAGUCUAUUCCAGCUCUUCAUAAUGCUCUUCCUCCAGGCACAAAAAUUUUAGUUCAUGGACACAUUUUGUUCCGUCUUGGUGUUCUCUUACUGAAACCAGAAAAUGUGAAGGUGCUAGGAGGUGAGGUAGAUGGUCUUUCAGAAGAAAAUGCCCAAGAGAAAGUACUUGCAAGAUUAAUUGGUGAACUUGAUCCUACAGUUCCAGACAUUCCAAAUAAUCCCAAUCACAAUGUGCCUAGAGUUUUGGGGAGUCUAGAUGCUGUUUUGGGGCCUUCAGAUGAAGAACUCUUGGCAAGUCUUGAUGAAAGUGAAGAGCCUGCAGCUAGUAAUGAUGUGACUGUGAGAAGAAGCUGUCUCAGCACAGACAGCUCCUCAAACAUUACUCCAAGAAAUCAGCCUAGUUUUGAGCCAGGAUGUAAUAUUUCUUCAAGGCCAAAGGAGAAACCACCAAACCAGCCUAUGCAUUUCACUGAUGGAGAAUUUGAUGACUUUUCACUGGAAGAGGCCUUGCUUUUGGAAGAGACUGUCCAGAAAGAACAAAUGGAAACAAAAGCAUCACAACCACUAAUUUUGAAGGAAAACACGAGUAAAUGUAUGGAGAUCUUUUCACAUAAACCUAGUAAUCUGAACCACACAGCUUUGAUUCAUAAACAAGGAAACAGCAAUUUUGAUGAAAAAACAUCUGAACAAAUGAUUCAUGAAGACAAAUUUUUUGACUGUGCAUCUACUAGAGACCAUCGUAAGAGACUCUUAGCUUGUGAUUUUACAAAUGACAGUAAGAUUUCAGAAGUAGAUGAUGCUGCACAACAGACUGUCAACAAUGAAGAUGUAUAUUGCUUAAGUAAUAAAAUGUUCAACAGAAAGCUGGACCUGUCAGAAAAGAGUUUACAGAUUUCAAAAGAAAAUGGCCACCCUUCUCAGGCUUGUUCUUCAAGAUCACUUGAGAAUAAUACUUAUCUAUCUACUGGCAUGGACUUACACUCUCCACCCUUUAUUUAUUUGUCUGUUCUAAUGGCCAGAAAGCCAAAGGAAGUUACCACUGUGAAAGUCAAAGCAUUUAUUGUCACUUUAACUGGAAAUCUCUCAAGUUCUGGUGGCUUUUGGUGUGUAACUGCAAAGAUUUCUGAUGGUACUGAAUAUCUAGAUGUAGAUUUUAAAGAUGAAAUACUUACCAGUAUGAUAGGGUAUUCAGUAUCAGAAAUGAAACAAUUAAAAAAGGACCCUCUUAAAUAUAAAAAAUUCCUAGAAGGGUUACAAAAUUGUCAGAGAGAUCUGAUAGAUUUGUGUUGCCUAAUGACUAUUUCAUUUAAUCCUUCUUCAUGUAAAGCCACGGUACUGGAAUUGCAAGAUGUUGGUAUGGAACACCUUGAGAACCUAAAGAAACGACUGAAUUCUGUAAAAGAAAAAAGCUUCAGAGCUUAAAAGUGGCUGAGACAACUCAGGGGGUGACUCGCUUUCUGCCAAGUAUGGUGACCUGUGUUUGAUCUCCUGGUCCCUUGAGAUAAAAGGCGAGACACAGUUUCCAGAAUCUGUUGUUAGUCCUCUACACAGGUAGCAGAGGGUGCGCACGCGCGCGCGCGCGCGCACACACACACACACACACACACACACACAUUAAGUAAAUGACAUUUUAAAAUAAAGAGAUUUAAUCAAA